GGCGGGGGCGGAGGGAGGGAGGAUCCCCCGCUCUCCCCGUGGUCCCGGGCUCGGUUCCCGGCGGGAUGGUCGCCAUGCCCCUGAGGAAGCCCCCGGGCAAGCGGCAGAGCUCGGACUCGGGCGUGGAGCCGGACCGCGGGGCGCUGCCCCAGGAGCGGGACCAGCGCCCCGGGCUGUCCCAGGAGAAGAAGGAUCAGCGCAUCGCGCUCUUCCUCAGCGACUUCGACCAGCAGGCCAAGGAGCACGUCCAGGAGAUGAAGAAGGAGCUCGAUGCGCUGUUGCAAACAGCUGAGAAGGCGUUUGCAGUGGAGCUGCUGACGAUGCCGGCUGCCAUCAGGAAAAUGAAAAGGAAAGACUUGCUCAAUUUGCAAGGAGGGGAGGAAGUGGCUCUUGCUGCUGCAGUGACUGACUGCUCUCUAGAAGACAUACCCAAUCCAAAACUGGUGAGGACCAACAGCAAAAAAGUUAAGGUAACUACAAUUGUCGAAUAUGAAGAUGCCAAGCACAGUUCUGCAAAGAAAGUAACUAAAAAAGUUUCCAAAACCAAGUCGUUGGUUUCAUUGGCCUCUGGUUUAAAUGGCAAACUGAACCCUCUUUCUAGUGCCACAAAUCUCAGAGCCACUCCAAAGGUAUCCAACAGUGCUGGAUUACAACAGACUGUCUCAAGAACUUUACCUACCCCUGGAAGAGUUCAAGGCAUGUUAAAAAGAAGUAAAUCAGUACCCCAAAAUAAACCAGUUCCAUUCGUAAACAUUCCUCUGGCUGAUGGACAGACACUCUGUACAGCUGGUGGAGACCUCCGUAAUAUUGAUGUGCAACUACUAAAUCAGGAUACAGUACAGCACAUUCAUAACUUGGUGAGUGAGCUGACUGUACUCUGUGGAAAGGCAACAGCUAAACCAAGUUAAUGGAACUGUCUUGUGCCCAUAGGAUAGUGGUGACAGUUCUUGCAUGCUGCCUCUGAAGUGUUUAGAUAAUGCUUGUUAUGUCUUAAUAAAGCUGUAUACCGGCCAGUAAA